AUGGCGCACCGUAAGCGCUCUCGGCCGGAUGAAGAUAUCGACGGGGAUGUCGGAAUUGAGGUGGACAGCGCCAGCUCAAGCUUUCAGCAGACAUUCAGCAAUAAACGGUCGCGUGUGGUUCGCGCAUCAGACCGCGACGGAUCUGCCGGACCAAAUGAAGAGGACAACUACGAAGACCUGCUCGCUGGCUCAAGUGUGCGUGGAGACAAUGUCGAUCUUAGCAUGCUCGACGAACCUAGCGACGAUGAGAGUGAAAGCGAGCCCGUCGACGAGCUGCAGGCAACGCAAAUGGUCAAGGAGCAGAUGCAGCGACUGGGCGAGAACCUGGCGUCUGAACAGGGCGUAAUCAUGGAGAUACACAUCCGGAACUUCAUGUGUCACGCCAAUGUGCGGGUGCCGUUUGGGCCGCUCAUCAACUUCAUUACCGGUGCGAAUGGAAGCGGGAAGAGUGCCAUCUUGACUGCUUUGCAGGUGUGUCUGGGAACGAAGGCGAAGAGCACAAAUCGCGCGGCCAACCUGUCCUCCAUGAUCAAGACUGGGCAGGAAAGUGCUUCCCUAGCCGUCAAAAUCAAKAACGAGGGCGAGGACGCCUUCAAGCCGAGCAUCUACGGCUCCAGUAUCACGGUUGAGCGCCACUUUACUCGCGCUGGCACUUCAAACUUCAAGAUCAAGAAUGACCAAGGCAAGAUCAUUACCACGAAGAAACGAGACCUGGACGAGAUCACCGAAUCCUUUGGCUUGCAGCUGGAAAAUCCAAUCAAUGUCCUCACCCAAGACCGUGCUCGUGAGUUCCUGUCGAACAGCACGCCUGCGGAAAAGUACAAGUUCUUCAUCCAAGGCACUCAGCUGCAAGCGCUCGACGGCGACUACAACCUGAUGGAGGAAAAGCUGGACAUGGCCGAAGAAGCAGUGAAGAUUGCUGCUGGCGAUCUGGACAUGUUCAAGGAGAGGGCCCAAAAAGCAGAGGAGAGGAGAAAGCGUCUGGAUCGCGCCGCUGCAAUGCAGGAAAAGAUGAGAGCUGUUGAGCGACAGCAUGCUUGGUGCCAGGUGGAGGAGCAGGAGAAAUUUCUUCGGCAACUUCAGGAGGAGGUGCAUAUUUACGAAGAGCAUAUUGAAGGGCUUCGAAAAGAGGCGGAUGAWGCGGGAACCGCCUAUGAAGCACACAACACCGCCUACGAAUCUGCCCAACGCGCUAUCGAAGUGCUCGGGGAGCAGUCGGGACCUGCGGAGCAAAAGUAUCUCGAAGCGAAACAAGCGUUCGACAGCAACAAGGAAGAGCUCUUGAAAUCCCAGACCGAGCAGCGCAACAUCAAGGGCAGCUGGAACUCGGCCAAGGCAAAUGUCACACGUCUGGAGAUGGAGCUCGGUGAGGAGAACCGCCGUCUUUCGGGUGCCGCAGGAGACGCCCACGAGCUGCGUGUCCAGGAGUUGGAAACGUUGAAGACUGCAUUGGAGGCCGCCAAACAAGCUUACACCCACCAUCAGUCUACACUCCAGGGGCUCAUAGACGCCAAGACGGAGGCUGAAAGCGCUUUCCACAACCAACAGACAGACGUGGACAGAGCCAGGGACGAAUUACGGGCUGCCGAAAGCGCUUUGAAUGGCCUACAACGGGAUCAGGGCAAUCCACUCGACGCGUACGAUAGAAGGAUACAUGACGUGCUGAGAGCAAUUGAGAGGGAGAGUCGCUGGCGUGUGAAGCCAGUCGGGCCUAUGGGCCGCCACAUCCGCAUCACCGAGCCGGAGUGGACAUCGAUCUUAGAGAAGAGCUUUGGUGCUAUUCUCAACUCUUUCGUCGUUGUGGACAAGAACGAUCAAAACAUCUUGAGUGAGAUUAUCCGAAGACAUCGUAUAGACGGCAUGAGCGUCUUUAUCAGUCGCGCGCAAGAUCCUCUGAGCGUAGAUGGUAAAGAGCCAGACCCGACCUUGUCAACCGUUUACAGGAUUCUUCGUAUUGACAACGUCGCGGUCCGCAACACACUCAUAAUCAAUCAGGCGAUUGAGCAGCUUGUCCUGGCCAAAGACGAGACGGAGGGCAUGAACACCAUGUUCCCGACCAACGGUCGAGCGAUCAACAUCCGGGCCGUCCUCACGCACGCUGCGAAGCGAGGUCAUGGCCUGCGUAUUGAUGGCACUCGUGCAGGUGGAAAACGUACGAACCCAAUCGAAGCAUGGACUGGAAAGCACCGGAUGAAAACAGAUCGAGACCAGCAGUUGCGACUCCAGCAGUCUAUGGUCGACGACGCCAAGAAGAAGGAGGACGAGGUCGUCCAAGAGCAGAAGCGAUUGCAGAAGGAAGUCGUCAAGGCCAGCCAGGCUCUCGAACUUCACAAGCGGCAGCUCAAGCAGUUCAAGACUGAAUCUCAGCGGGCCGAAGAUCGCGUGGAAGCCAAGCAGACUGAGAUUGACAGUAACAAGCCUCAGACGGGCAGGUUGGAGGAACUUAAGAGACAGCUUGAGGAGGCAAGGCAGGAUGUUGAAAGUACCAAAGGCUCGUUGGAGGAUUCCAUCAUGGCAAAAGCUGUGCUCGACCAGGCUGGAAAGGACCUGAAAGCUGCGAUGGACGGUGCUCAACGGGAGCGUGACCUUUUGAAUGGCCGUAUUCUCAAAGAACAGCAGCGACUUCAAAAUUGCGCAGAGAAACGGACCGAGGCCUUGUAUUCCAAGAACGCAAAGGUAGACGACCUUGCGAAAGCAACAGACGAGCACCUGGUGCGCCUGCAGGGCAAAGUAGCAACGCAGCAAGCGAAUCUCGAUAAUUUCUUGGAGGGAGCCAACGGUGUCUGCCCUCGCAUCGAAGUUGAGGCUGGUGCCACACCCGACGAUCUCCAUAAAAGACUUAAGAAGCUUGAAGAGCAGUAUCGGAGUGAAGAGCAGCAGGCAGGUGGCUCGAUGGAGCAGCUUGUUGCCGCUCAUCGGCAAGCGCAAAAGGAGUACGAGGACAAGAAGAAGGCGUUGAAGUCGCAGAAAGCUACGGCAAUGGGCUUGAAGGAUGCACGAAGAGAACGCAGACGCCGCUGGGGUCUCUUCCGCAAGUACAUUACCGCCCGCGCCCGGUCGAACUUUCAAUACCUCCUCUCCGAACGCCAAUUCCGUGGCAGAGUGCUCAUGGAUCAUACGGACAAGACGCUCAAUAUCAGCGUCGAGCCUGAUGUUACUCGAACGUCUGACUCGGGCCGGCAAGCCAAUACUCUAAGUGGCGGUGAGAAGUCUUUCAGCCAGAUUUGCUUACUUCUUAGCAUCUGGGAGGCAAUGGGCAGUCCCAUUCGCUGCUUGGAUGAGUUUGAUGUCUUCAUGGAUAACGUAAAUCGGGACAYGAGUAUCAAUAUCAUGGUCGAUGCUGCGAGGAGGAGCGUAGGACGACAGUUCAUAUUGAUUACGCCGAACAGUAUGGACCGGGUACCUGAUGCAGGCGACGUGAAGAAAUUCAGGAUGCCGGAUCCCAAUCGUGGCAGAGAGCGUGGACAGUUGCCGCUCCCUGGUGCUUCGUAG